AUGACCAAUGGUACUAUACCACCGCCUAAUCUAUACCCUGAAGGACGAUGGACAAAUAACAAAACUUGGGUGGAAUAUCUUGCGGAAUCUUUGAAUGUCGAUCUAAGAGAUAUGGCAUUUGGCGGUGCAACAGCUGAUAAUAAUAUCGUGGAUAAUGAAAAUGAAAGUAACUCGACUUUAAAACAGAAAUAUGCAAUAUGGUCGUCUGUUAAAACACAAAUCGAUUAUUUCAUUCAAAAUGCCACACAACCUGAUAAAUACCUAACAACUUACAUGAUUUGGAUUGGUGGAAACGAUUAUCGAAUUAUUGUAGAGAAAAACAUGACAACAAAACCUGAAACCAUAAUAGCUUCAAUGGGAGAAUCUUUAACACGUCUGACUACAUCGGUCGGCGCACGGAAAUUUCUAAUCUACAAUCUGCCACCACUCGAAAUCGCACCAUUAAUUCAAACACACUUCACAGCUGACCAACAAGAUCAACUAAAGAAUCUAGUCGAAGCUCACAAUGCUCAACUUGAUGUGAUGGUGAAAAACUUUUCAUUAAAUUAUCGAGUUACUGCUCGCGUUUUUGAUUUAUACAACUUGACCAAUGAAAUCUUAAAUGAUCCUGAAAAAUAUCAAUUUAAGAAUGUCAAAGAUCCUUGUUUGAAUUAUUAUGAUGGAAUUUUCACAAAUAAUAGCGGUAUUAAUGAUACUUUUACCACUAAUAAUAACGUCACAGUAGAGCAUUGUGAACAGGCAGACACGUAUUUGUUUUGGGAUAGACUUCAUCCGACUGCAAGUGCUCAUCGUCUUCUUGCCGAUAAAAUUGGUGAAUAUUUGAAAUCGCCGGAUGGUUAUUGCUUAUUUAAUGAACUAUGUAAUUUAGGAUAA